UCAACCUCGACAACCGCGUACCCCGUAUACCUUACCAUUGGUAAUAUCCCCAAGGAAAUUCGUCGCAAACCAUCCCGGCGUGCUCAUGUCCUCCUCGCGUAUCUUCCCACCACACCGAAUCUCUAUCAUGCGUGUAUGGCACGUGUGUUGUUGCUGCUAGAAAAGGCUGGUCUUGAUGGCCUAGCCAUGCGCAGUGGGGAUGGCAUCUCACGUCACUGCCAUCCUCUUUUUGCUUGUUUUGUGGGCGAUUACCCCGAGCAAGUACUCGCUAGCGCCGUCAAAACUACUGAAUGCCCUAAAUGUGAUAUCCCACCCAACGAACUAGAAAGUAGCACAACGGCCUUCGAAAUACGCGACCUCGAUGCUGUUCUUGACGCACUCGCUACCAUUGAUGUCGGAGACCUCGAAUUCGUUCAGGCGUGUCGCGACGCUGGUAUCAAGCCUGUCAUUCACCCGUUCUGGGAAAGACUACCCUACGCCAACAUAUUCCAAGCCAUCACACCCGACAUUCUCCAUCAGCUGUACCAGGGUCUGGUUAAGCACCUUCUAAGCUGG